AUGCUGCGUCUACUUCCUGUUCACCCCCUCCAAACUCUCUAUAUAAGGACAUUCUCCACUCCCUUCUCCUCGUAUCAUAAAGUAUAUCCAAAUGCUGAUGCUGCUGUGAAGGAUCUACGAUCCAAUUCGAAACUUAUUGUAGGUGGAUUUGGACUCUGUGGGAUUCCAGAGAAUGCAAUUGAAGCACUGGUGAAGCAGGGAGCCACGGACUUGAUUUGUGUUUCUAACAAUGCAGGAGUCGAUCAGUUUGGGUUAGGGUUGUUACUUCAAACACGCCAAAUCAAACGAAUGAUCUCGUCGUAUGUGGGGGAAAAUGCACUUUUUGAGAAACUUUAUCUAACUGGAGAGUUAGAAGUCGAGUUAACACCACAGGGAACGUUGGCUGAACGUAUUCGAGCUGGUGGGUCUGGAAUUCCAGCUUUUUAUACACCAACGGCCUAUGGUACAAUCAUUCAAGAAGGAGGAUUUGCAAUUAAAUUGACAUCGGAUGGCUCCAUUGAUAUUCCAAGUGCUCCAAGAGAAGUUCGCAAAUUUAAUGGUCGCAAUUACGUGAUGGAAGAAGGAAUUACGGGUGAUUUUGCACUUGUCAAGGCGUGGAAAGGAGAUACAGACGGCAAUUUAGUUUUUCGAGGCACGGCACGCAAUUUUAAUGUUGAUGCAGCCAAAGCUGGUCAAAUUACAAUUGCAGAAGUAGAGGAAUUGGUGCAACCAGGAGAUAUUCAUCCAGACGAAGUUCAUUUGCCGGGGAUCUACGUGCAGCGCAUUUUUAAGGCCAACAAGACGGAAAAGCGAAUUGAAAGGCUCACGCUUGCCAAAGCAAAGAAUUCACAGUACAAAAUCUCACCAGACCGCGAGCGCAUCAUCCGCCGCGCGGCUAAAGAAUUGAAGGAUGGAAUGUAUGUGAACUUGGGUAUUGGUUUGCCGACGUUAGCGUCUAAUUACGUGCCAGAUGGAGUCAAGGUAAUUCUACAGAGUGAGAACGGACUCCUGGGCAUGGGGCCAUAUCCGAACGAGGGCUCGCAGGAUCCAGAUCUGAUUAACGCUGGCAAGGAAACUGUAACUUUUUUGCCAGGGUCAUCUACCUUCUCGUCGUCAGAGUCAUUUGCUAUGAUCCGUGGCGGUCAUGUGCAUCUGACGAUUCUAGGUGCACUUCAGGUCGCAGAGAAUGGCGAUCUUGCGAACUGGAUUAUCCCGGGCAAAAUGGUGAAAGGAAUGGGCGGUGCAAUGGACCUUGUUGGUAGCGGUAACCGUGUCGUGGUUACGAUGGAGCAUAAUGCAAAAGGUGGGGCCAAGAAGAUUCUCAAGGAUUGUUCUCUACCGCUUACUGGUAAGAGCGUCGUGAACACCGUCAUCACGGAAUUGGGCGUGUUCGACGUGGUGGAUGGCAAAGGUCUUGUGCUGGUGGAAAUUGCGCCGACAACCACAGUGGAGGAGAUUCGCGAGCGUACGGAGGCGUCUUUUACGGUUUCGGCAGACCUAAAGGCGAUGGAAUAG